AUGGCUUUUGCCGUUGCACAGCGGGCCGGCUACGGCCGAAGUGGUUCUCGGUCGCCGCGGUUGCAGAAGCAGGUGGAGGUUGAAGCAGACCAUGGUGGGCCCGACGGAUUGCCGUGCGACUUCAAGGGUGGCUUCAACGCUCAGAUGCGCAUGCAGCGGGACUUCUUGGCCCAGUUUCUCGUGCCAGAGCAACCUCAUUCUGCCAAAAGUCCGAAUGCGCCCCGCGAGGCUGCAGCUGGAUUGCCGGUUGAAGCUGCGAAGGUUUUGAUGCUUUCCCCCGGCCCUGGUGCACCCUGGCUGGGCUUGCCUGCUGGCGUUGCAUGUGUAGCAGCAACGCUGCGGCUCUUCUCGCGACUUCUACCUGGCAGUGUGGCUGAGGGCAUGUGCGACGAGCUGUGCAAGCAGGCUGCGGCAGAUCCAUCCAUGCCCGUGGAGCUGGAUGCACUUGCAACACGAGUCGGCCUCGUGAGCUGUCCGGUUCCCUCCGCGGUGCCGUCGCUGCAGGGAGGCUGUGGUGAGUCCAUGGCGACAAUGAUCGCAUGCUUUUUCAUGACGUUUUGGCUGACAAGUUUUGCAAGAUCCCUAUCAAGAUGGUUCUUCUGUCGUUGGCUCCUGAGCGCGACCCGGUCAAGCUGUUAG